ACUGCUCCUUAUCCUCUGCUCCACGAAAGCCAUUGCAAACAGAACAAUUCCACUUUCAGUCGCCGGAGAAUAUGGAAGCUCCGGCGAUUACCGAUGACGUUUGAAUCAAAUUAUAAUCAUUUCUAGAAGUAGAAAUCCUAAGCUAAAGCGAGUUAACUUGGCAGAGUUUUCAAGUUAUUCCAUGUUUAGUUUCACAAGUCAGAGGCAAAUUAUUAUGGCAAUAUAGUAAUAAUAGAAAAAGCUUAAAAAAUAUAGAAAGAGAAAAAAAAAUCAGGAAACUUGCACUGUUUUCAGCGUCAACAGUUUUGGCAGAACACGUUAUUCCUUUUCUUUUUCUAACUUUUCCUUUUUUGUGACUUUCUUCAUCAUCAAAAUUUGAAAACGUAUGCGGCGAAUCGAGAAAAGGUGACUUCAUCUUAGAAUUUCACAAAUUUAGUUUCACAUAGUUCUGUCUUCUUCUGACUCAAAUUAAAAGUUUAAGCUCGAGAUUCGAAAAUGGAAGAAAUAAAUAACUGAAAGCGUGAAAGAGUGUUACUGUGAAUUUGAUUGUGAAAUUGUGAUGUUUUAUACAAUGAAAAUUCAACCGAUUGAUUUUCAUUUUGAUGAGGAGAUGACAAGAGAUGAACCGGUUAAGCCGGUUGUUAAGUCUCGUCUGAAGCGGCUCAUCGAGCGUCAAUUCUCCGGCGUGCUGAGAAUUUCUGCGGCGGAGAAGUUCGGCGGUGAUCUGGAACCGCAUUUAUGCAAGGAAGGAUUCACCGGCGGCGGUGAAUUCGAACCGAGCUCAAUAUGUUUGGCGAAAAUGGUGACGAAUUACAUCGAGGAGAAUAACGAGAAACAUUCGGUUUCUGUGAAGUGUGGAAGAAACCGCUGUAACUGCUUCAAUAGGAACUGUGAAGAUAAUAACUCUGAUGAUGAAUCAGACGCGCGUGGCGGUUACGGUGGUUUUACCGGUUCCAACUCGAACUAUUCAUCUUCUGAUGCAUCUGAAAUGCUCAAGGGUUUGGUAGCUUGUAAAAGCGUUGGUGAGAGAAAUCUUCUAGCGGACACUGCGAAGAUCGUUGAUAAGAACAGUAAGUGCAAACGCAAAGAUAGUUUUUGCAGAAAGAUUGUUACCGACGGUUUGUUAGCGCUUGGAUACGAUGCAUCUAUCUGUAGAUCUCACUGGGAAAAAUCAUCUUCGUAUCCCGCUGGGGAAUAUGAAUAUAUAGAUGUGAUAAUUGAGAAUGAGCGGUUGAUAAUUGACAUUGAUUUCAAAUCAGAAUUCGAGAUAGCUAGAUCUACGAAAUCGUACAAGACGAUUCUCCAGAAUCUUCCAUACAUAUUCGUUGGAAAGUGCGACCGUUUGCAGAGCAUUGUGGCGAUUGUAUCGGAGGCGGCAAAGCAGAGUUUGAAGAAGAAGGGAAUGCAUGUUCCGCCGUGGAGGAGAGCUGAAUACGUGAAAGCAAAGUGGCUUUCAGCUUACACUAGAAUGAAUGUGCACGUGCAAAAACAACAGAGCUUGAAGGAAAACUGUGUCGCUGAGAAUUCCGGCGGUUCCGGCGAGUGGAAGCCGCCGGAGUUGAAGCCGAAGGGAUCAUUGACUGGGGUUAAAAUGGUGACCGGUUUGGCAGUGGUUUUUGAGGAUGAUAACCCAUAGAUAAAAUUUUGACUGUUUCUGAUUUUGGCUUAAUUUUUCUUUUUUAAUUUGAUAAUAUUAGGAUUGAAAAAUCUUAUAUGACUGUAUAACAGCUCUAAUUCUAUCCCCUUCUGUUUUUUUUAUUGAAAGGUGGGAUGUUUUCUUUUUACUUAUAUGAAAUUAAAUAAAGUUGAGAUAUAGAUUUUGAGAUA